CGGGCUGGAUUUCCCGGAGGAGUUUCCCGCCCCGCCAGCUGCCGGCCGGUGGAACGGGCUGCCACGCGAAGUGGCCUCCUUCCUCGCCAAAGCAAAUUUACAGUCACCAACAUAGUUCAUAAUCUAAGAUAUUUGCAAAUGAGGAGUAAUGAAGACCUUCUGGGUACAAGUUCGAAGUUCAUUUACAUGUCCAAUAAAUCACUUAAUUGGCAAGUACCAAGUGAAACAGAAUCCAUGAUCACAAAAUGGUCAGUCUGGAUUAAUAGGGCCCAGUUUGGUGGUUAUUUGCUCAGUAUUUUAGGAUGGAUCCUGUGUAUUACCUCAACAGCCACCGAUCACUGGAGAUUAUGGCAUGUUAAAAGUACGGACAACUUGUAUCCUGGCUUGCUAUGGAUUGGAAUCUGGAGAGCCUGUUAUCUGCACAGCACUCAUCCACAAAACAGAUACAUCCACUGUGAGGAAUUCACUGAAGACCUGAAGAUGCUGCCCAACGAAAUUUUUCUCGCUCAAGAUCUGUUGAGCUUGUGUUGUAUUGUGGCAGCCGUGGGGAUAACUUUCAUGAGCUUUGCCUUGUGGAAUGUUGUCAGAGCCAUAGCACAAAAAGCUUUUUUGCUCACUCUUUUUAAUGUUGGAGGCCUUAUGAACUUCCUAACAGGAAUCAUAAUCUUAAUUCCCAUUUCCUGGAACACUUAUUCCAUCUUGAUUAAUGCAGACAUUAUGUUUCCUGAGUCUUUCCAUAUGCCUACUUCUCCAGUGUACCAGGAGAUCGGAGCUGCUAUUUAUGUUGGCUAUACUUCUGCGGUUUUAUUAUUGUUGAGUGGUGUUAUGAUCAUAUGUAAUAAACGUGGUUUUGAAAUCCGUCAAGAAAGUCAUGUUUUAUCCACAGCAGCAAUUGACAUUUAUAGAAAUACUGGUUCUUCUGAGACAGUCGACCAACGACAGAAAGAGGAACCUGAGUCUCGGGCUGAUGUGAUAAAAUCUGUGCAUCACACAGAUGUAAAGAAAGAGUCUGUACAAUCAGUGCAACAGCAACUGCUUGAGGAUGCUAAGGAGGUCCCUAUUGUAUUAGUUACUCCGUAUGUGGUUGAAUCCCAGGUUGAAGGGGAGGAGGAGGCAGUUAAGAGGCUGGAGAUCAGGGAAUCACGUCCAAGGAGGAAGCAUCACCGACCAGACUAGGAAAACCUUUUCUGCUGGUGCCCAAGAUUGAUCUAUUUUAUCUAUCUAUCUAUCUGAUAUCUAUCAUCUCCCUCUCUCUCUCUCUCUCUCUCUCUCUGUCUGGUAUUCCCCCCCCCUUCUAUAUUUCUCUCUCUCCUUCCCCCUCAUCUAUCUAAAGUAACUGCUUUGGCUUAUUCCCAGAGUUGAUUUGGUUCCUUGCACCUGAUGCCACGCCAAGAACAUCACAAAGGUCAAGGUCUUGAGCUGCUCAAACAGAUGAAGUCCCCUCCCCAUCUUUCUUUCUGACCCACAGCCUCAGAGCCCUGCAGUUCAACUCAUCCCAUCUGCCUAUCUUGCUCCAAAUACAUCAAAUGAGGAAAAAAUGCUGUUGAACAAUAUUGUAUAAUAAACAAUAUUUUUAAACAAUUGUAAUAUAUUCUAAACAAUAUAUUUAAAUAUUGUGAUAUUUAAAUAGGUUUUCUUUAAAUGGUAUAUUGUUAUAAUACUAUAUAAUGUAGAACAUUGGUUUUUAUAUUCUAUUGACAAAUACUACUGUAUUUAUUUUGGACAUUUUCUAUUUUAUUAUUGUUUAUUUACUGUAUUGUAUAUUGGUUCCACUUUUCAUUGUACAGUUACAAAAUAAUUCAU